AUGCAAUUCUUCAGCUUAUAUACCCUUGUCGCGCUGCUAUACAUCCAAAGUGAAGCUGUCCAUGCCUCGACGUUCUCCUGCAACAAACCAAAUGCCAAAGGCUUUUGUAUGAUAAAGAUAAAUCGACAUAAUGUUAAUACUGUACCAGGCUGGAAAGGCCACGACUGGGCUUCGUGUAUCGCCAAUAUAUCGCUAGGCAGGUACAGCUGUGAUAUGACUAUUGGCGCCGCCGCCAUCCAGGCAAGUUUCUGUUGCGACGACCUCGAAGUUGAACCAGGCUACGUCACACCUUUGACUAAGCGAUUUGUCAAAAACCACUGCUCCACUCAAUAA